AACAUCGCCUCAAUAUUUACUUGGAUGUUCUGCGAUCUGGCUGCCGUGGGUGACAAUAACAGGUGGGGAAAUUCCAACAGGCAUUUAUUCCGUCGGAUAUCGCCUUCAUCAGAGCGGCGGAGAUAGUCUCUCAUCCGAGCGGGGGGUGAAUGGCUAGCUGUGUCCUUGAAUUGGGAUCACCCGUCUCGAACUCACAGGAUGGAAAGUGGAGAUUGUAAUGGUCUUCGGCCACGUAUGCGAAUCAUCCCCGAAAUGCCUGCGUUUCCUGACCUGAAAAGCCCUAUUGUGAUGGAAGGCAGUCAGGCUGAGGAAAGGCAGGGCUUUGGAGACCUCAUAAACAGCAACGGAAAAAUGGAAUUAGAAUAUGUGAUCAGCAAAAAACUGCAACUGAAGAUGAAAGCAGAGCACCUGAGAUGUGACCUGAUCCGUCAGUUUGACAGCCAUGUCAGUGAGCUUGUGGACAGUCUGAUCGAGGAGUCCGUCUCUCUGGAGCCGACCCCCUUACCGGCAAACUUCUCUCCCUCGAUGUCGGACAAAGAGAGGAGCAAACUCAGGAGUAUCCGGCCGCCCCACGGUGAGGGCAAGCAAUUUGUGAACCGCAGAUCCCUGCUGGAUGAGCUGUUUGAGGUGAACCACAUCCGGACCAUCUACCACAUGUUCAUCGCCCUCCUCAUCCUCUUCAUCCUGAGCACCCUGGUCGUGGAUUUUAUCGACGAAGGCAGACUGGUGCUUGACUUUGACCUCCUGGUCUACGUCUUUGGGCAGUUUCCCCUGGUGGUGUGCACGUGGAUCUACAUGUGCGUGUCCGCGUCACUGGUUCCCUUUAUGCUGUUCCAGACGUGGGCCCAGAGUCAGUGUGGCUCCGGUGGCCACCCCAGGCUGUGGAGCCUGCUGUAUGGCUCGGCCUUUCUCCUCUACCAAGCCGUGGGCCUGGGAUUCCUGCCUACCUACGUGGCCGUCAGCAACAGCCUGCCGCCUGCGUCCUCCUUCAUCGUUAUCCUGGAGCAGGUGCGUCUCAUGAUGAAAACGCACUCCUUUGUGCGGGAGAACGUUCCACGAGUGCUCUCGGCUGCUAAGGAGAAGAACGACUCAGUCCCAUUGAGGCCACAUAUCAACCAGUAUCUCUAUUUCCUCUUUGCACCUACCCUCAUUUACAGAGAUAACUACCCCAGGAAUCCAUUGAUCAGGUGGGGUUACGUGGCCACAAAGUUACUGCAGGUGCUGGGAUGUCUGUUCUACGCCUACUACGUCUUUGUACGGCUGUGCAUCCCACAGUUUCGAAGUAUCAGUCUGCAGCUCUUUGACCUGAGGUCUCUGGUCCUGGGAGUCUUCAACUCCAUCCUGCCAGGUGCGUUGGUUCUCUUCUUGGCCUUCUUUGCCUUGCUUCACUGUUGGCUCAAUGCGUUUGCCGAGAUGCUUCGCUUUGCUGAUAGGAUGUUUUACAAGGAUUGGUGGAAUUCAACGUCUUUUGCCAAUUACUAUCGUACUUGGAAUGUGGUGGUCCAUGAUUGGCUGUACUACUAUGUGUACAGGGACUUCCUGUUGAUGUCUGGGAUGCGAUUCCGUGCAGCUGCCAUGUUUUUCGUGUUCACCGUGUCUGCGGUGGUUCAUGAGUACAUUCUAGCCAUUUGCUUUGGCUUCUUCUACCCCGUCCUCUUCUGCCUGUUCAUGUGCUUCGGAAUGAUGUUCAACUUCAUCCUCCACGACCGGCGGAGAGGUCCUAUAUGGAACAUCAUCAUGUGGACGUCCCUUUUCCUGGGACAGGGGGUCAUCAUCUGUCUGUACUGCCAGGAGUGGUACGCCCAGCGCUACUGUCCCAUCACAGAGCCUUCCUUUCUGGAGUUGCUGAAGCCCCGGUCCUGGAGCUGCCACCGCCAAAAAGACGGCAUGGCACAGUCUCAGGGGAUUUGACAAGCGAUAUGUGCAUUGAUCCAAACAGUGACCAAUCAAUCCCCUGUGAACUGCGGGUGGAAAAGGGUAGAGGAGACCAACCUUUAGGUUACUGCCAUGCCUCUUAAAGAGUUUAGUUGAAUGUUUUGUGUGGCCUUUUGUUUAAUUGUAUUGCUUCAGUGUAAUGUUCUGCGCACAUGAACGUUUAAUUAUAUUGAUAGGCCCUUGAGGAAAAUCAAUUAACCGUCUGCAAAAAAGAUUCCUCUGUUUUACUUUGAAUUUUCUAAGCUGCCUUCUUUGUCAUUUUUUUGGUUGUCCGAGACAGCCUGGUUAAAAUAAUUGUAUGUUAAACAAAAUGUUUGUUUUAAAUGCACAUACCUGUUUUACAUAUUUAUUUUAUAUUAUGUAUGUUUCCCCUUUUUCUGUUAGUGUGUACAAGCAAUGUUUGUGCAUAAUGUGUGAUCAUCGUGUUAUGGCAGCUGAAUGCAAACCUGAAUACCCUUCUCUGGCAAAUUGUUAUUAGGAAUUAGUCAGUAGUAAUUAUACAGAUCAAACCAAAUUAUCAACCGUUCUGAGUAAUAUCUGAGGCAUAGAUCUUCCUUGACAACCAUCUAAACUCACUUUUUUGAUAAACGUAAAAAGUUUUGAAGGGUUUGCUUAAAAAGCGAUGGAAGAGAGGUUUACUGGUACGUGAGAUUUUCUGGAAGAUAACCUUGGUACAUCACCAUACUUCUCCAGUCAUUUUUGGACCCUAAUUCAAGUCAUAUCCUCUGUCACAUUAUGCUGUGAGUUAUUCCCUAUGAUGGAAAUCCCUUUAAAAAACCAAUCAGUGAGCGACAACCGAAUGUAAUAACCACGUAUGUCUAAUCUUUCUCGGAACAAAGUUUGAUGUCAAAGGAAAUGUAUAUUUAACUUGAGAAUCGUUCUAUAUAGGUAACAGGCAUCUGUAGAGGUAAUACUGGUGCAUUUGUAUUGUUGGAAACUGCCAUUACGUAUUAAAGCUACCAUGUUACUUGUUAGUGAGACCUGAUGCAAGUAAUACGAUUUACAAUGGGUCCUUUGGUAGUAAAAUAGGUUUUGUAACAAUGAUACAAUAUUUAUAUUCUGUCAAACAAAUGCUAUGGGGCACUCUUAUUGUUCUGCGUAAAUGUAGGUCUGACAUUGAAUAAUUGAAUGCAUUGAUUUCCUUUUUAAAAAAUUAUGUAAAUAUUGGGAUUUAUACAUUGCAUAAUUAACGGUGCCAAGUCGAGAUGAGUUCUGUGAAACGAGGUAUUCUGUGAAAUGAACAGCACAAUAAAAAGCGAAAACCAGCUCAAUAAUACAGUGAACUUUGUAACCACGAGGUGGCAUCUUUUCGCGUUCUCCCAGCGCAGCUUCUUUUGGUCCGCUGUACAUCAAUGGCUCAUCCAUGAUCUUGGUUAAUACUGGGCCAUUCUCAAUUUGUGCCAUUUAAUCUACCGAAGUCAAACUAUUUAAUUGAAACAAUAUAAUUGUCAUUGCUGAAACGACACAUUGUGGUUAUCGGGACUUUUUUUCAGAUUGGACUUCCUCUGAAAAAAAAUGGCUAGCUGAUGAAGUGAUUGCUUUUUUUUGUUUUCUCUAGUUCUGCAAAGGCUCUCUUGGAGAAUAAACUUCAUUGUAUAAACUU